AUGAACCGCUCGCUCGCUCCUGCCCCACCCGGCCUGCUGCGAGUUUCGCCCGACGAACUCGAUCCGCCGUCGAGGAAACACGCCACGACUGCCUGUGCCAUCUGCAAGAGGAAGAAGCUCAAGUGUCAAGGAGGCCAUCCCUGCCACCACUGCCGCCUCAAUGCCCUCGAGUGCGUCAAGGACGAGGCCCGCGAUAUGCGCCGUAAAGGCGCCUACAAGCGGAAAUGCGAGGCUCUCGAGGCCAGUCACGACCUGUUGCUUCGCAUCCUUGAUCGUCUGCGUCGUGCUGAGCAGGACAGCGACGCCCUGCGUCCGCUGCUGGCCCUGGUGCGCAGUGGUGCCGACCUGACCGAGAUCCACCGCUUCGUCGACGGGCCGCUGCGGCCGUCGUUGACGACGACGGCGAUGACGACGAUGAUAAUGGCGGCUACUGUCGUUGAGGAUUCAGAGGACUCAAUGACCGUCGAGGGAGAGGGGGAGAGUCUGGACAAUCCCGACGACGAGAACGACCUCACGCCCCCUCCCCCCCCGCGACGUUCCAUGAUGGGCGUCGAGCGGCUGUCCGAUAUCCCCCUCGUGCGCGUCCCCGCCCGCCCCUGGACGCGCACCACCACCGACGACGAGCUGGUCUCGCAUCUGGUCUCGCUGUGGCUGACCUGGUGUCAGCCCUUGCCCGCGCUGGUCCAUCGCCACGCCUUUCUCCAGACCAUGCAGACCGGUCGGCCGGGCCCGUUCUGCUCGCCGUUCCUUGUCUGCGCCAUUCUCACCGAGGCGAGCACGCUCUGCGACUACGAAGAUGUCCUUGGAAUCCCGGAUGAUGUCGCCUCGCGUGGUGCCCGCUUCUACGACGAGGCACGCCGUCGCCUCGACGACGAGGGCCUCGAGCUUACUACCGCCCAAGGCCUGGCCAUUUUGAGCAUAACUUUGACUGCCAAAGGGAGACACCGCCAGGCGUGGACGUACCUCAGUCUGGCGCGCAGCAUCGCCGACGAGCUCGCCCGCCGCGCAGUGCACGAUGAGGCCGUUCAAUACGGACUAACGGUCUCUCUCUCCAUCUUACAACACCGACCUUCCUCUCCUCCCCGGAUCUCUCGACCGACAUGCAAAACCCAACACGGUACAGACGCAGACACAGACACAGACAGCUGGUCGCCGUAUCCGCGCCGCACACAACCCGAAACCACACCGGCACAUCUUGCCUGCGUGUUCGACCGCAGCUGCGACUUGGCUCUGAUCGCAAGUCGCAUCGGCAGCGCCCUGCUGUACGCCGAUCCCCCCCCGUCGCCCGAGACUGCCGAAGAGACCGCCGAUGCGAUCUGCCAGCAGCUGCAGACAUGGUAUGCGACGUUGCCGGAGGGUCUCGCCGUUGUACGGGAGGAUAGCCUCCCGCAUAUUUUACAAUUACACAUACAAUAUCACAUUUCCAUCAUCCAACUGUUCCACCUGGUGAAAGGCGACCGAAUACAACAAGUGCACGCCGAGGCUCUCUCUCAGAUCGUUGCCCUGCUCCGCAUCCAUCGACGCACGUGGGGACUCGAGCGCAUCUCCCCGACGAGCCUGUACUGGGUGUGUCUGUCUCUGGCGGAUUUGAUCUACAGGAACGACUGGUCCGUCGAGAACCAAGAGAACAUGACCGAGCUCUGCAUCGUGGCCAGAGCGUGUUCCCGUCGCUGGCCGCUUGCGGGGGGUGUCUUGCGCAUGGUCCAGGUCAGUGCGCGGAGGAGACGGAUGGAGCUGUCGGCGGAGACGAAGGCGCUGUGCAUGGAUUUCGAGGUGAGGGUGGAUGAUGCAGCUGAUGACUCGAUGGACCUGGAUCAUCCUCCGAGUAGGGAAGACUUUCUAGAGGCGUUUACGUCUGGGGCGAUGAGGUUGACGAGGUGA